UCCUGACCUCUCCCCAUGGAAUGCCUGGGGCUGAUGCAUCCCCAUGCUUGGUGCCACCCCAGGGCUGCCUCUCUCUUCCAGGAUCCAUCCCCCUCGCACAGAGCUGCCCCAGGAGCACAGCAGCAAGUAAUGGCCAUCAUGGGACCAGGCCCUGAGGAUGAGCCCCGGCUGGACCUGGGCAAGAAGAUGAGCACCACGCGGGACCUGAUGAUAGAGGAGCUCUCCCUGCCCCACAACCGCGGGUCCCGGCUCUUCCAGCAGCGCCAGCGCCGGAUGCAGCGCUUCACCUUUGAGACCCUCGGCAGCCACAGGGAGCUCCCAGGGCCAGGCGGCUCACACCGCACAGAGAGAGGUGACAGUGAGGGAGCAGCAAAUGAGUGGACGGCAGGGGAGGAUGCUGGGGGCCAGCAGAGGUACCACUCCGAGCUCCACGUGGCAGCAUCGCCCCAGGGCGGCCCCCCUGAAGUGCCCAAGAAGACAGAGAAAGUCCUGCAGAUGAGUAAAAUCCUCAACCCCGAUUCUCUGGCCCCAGGGUACUCAGGUCCCCUCAAAGAAGUCCCCCCGGAGAAGUUCAAUGUCACUGCCAUCCCCAAGGGCUACCGAUCCCCAUGGCACGGCCUCCUCGGUGACAAGGACAAUGCUGUGCUCGGCGAGUACCAGCCACCCAUGAGACUCUUCCAGUGGGACUUCAGGAGCUUCAACAGGACUCCAGCCCCAUUUGACAAAACACAGCUCAGUGACCUGUUCUUUGUGCCUGCCACGGAGCUGGACAACCUGAGCGCUCUGGAGGUGAUUGACCACAGGCGUAACUUCAACAGGGUGCCGCAAGGCUGGGUGCGGAUUCUACCGGAGAGCGACGAGCUGUAGCACACGUGCUCCCUUCCCCAUCACCAUGGAUGCUUCUCUCGCUAGACUCAAGCACACUUCGCACUGUAGGGGAAGAGAGGAGUAAGUGUUCUCCAUGAAAGCCAAGCUGGUGGUCUCUGGUUGUUGCCUUCUUCAGCAGGAUUUGAACAAGUUCAAGGCCAGGACCAUUUUGAACCCCCCUUGUACCCGCCACUGACACAAGGGCAGCCAAGCUCUCACCAUUAACACAAUUCCAUACAAAACAUCCUGUACAGCCUGUCCUCAUGGAAAAUGGCAGGAGCACUGGCUGCAUUCACACCAAGGUGUCCCACUGCUGCUGCACUGACACACAAGACCUGCUCCAACAGAUGGAGAAAUUCCAUCUUCAGGACAACUCUACAUCUGUCAUUCCGGUCAGGACAGCAAGAGGAGGUGAUAAUUGAAGAGCAGCAGCAAAACAAGUCACCAGAAGCAUUGGCAUGUUAAAAGCUGUUACCCAGGGCUUGGCUGGCCAACAGAAACAAAUGAGGAACUGGAAAUCUGCCUGUUCACUAGCACAGCACAACCAGGGUAUAUGGGAGAGGAACACGCUGGAAACUUGUGCCCUCUUUUCCAUAAGCUUCUGGCUGGCACUUGGCAGCUGAUAUUUUCCCCUUCUCACUGCUAUCUGCAUGCCUUGCUUAAACAUCUCAACUCUUUGAUUGACUUAUGCCAGAUUUGCUUCCAAUCCAGUCAGUAAGGAUCAGGCCCUGCCUGGAAUCACUGCACUGCAGAACUGCACCAAUCUGAAGACAUUGCCAGGGUAUUUCAGUAACUUCUGCAUCAGCAAGAGGGAAAAUGAGCACAGCCACAACUCCAGAGCAAGCACAGGCUUCCCUCUGAAUGUGAGCACCAGCAGUGACACACAGUGGGACACACAGCUACCAACAGGCUACAGGACAGGCAUCGGAACAUCUGGAAAGCCCUGCUCAUUACUAACAAGGAUCUCUAACUUGAAAUGCUUCCAUCAGGUUCUUAAUGUUACCUUUAUUUUAUCUUCCAAAAGCAGGAACAUCAGCAUAAAUGUUUUUUCUUCCACCACCAUGGUUGAACUGGGCAAGUAAAUUUGCUGGUAAAAAAAACAGUUAACAGCUGCCUCAGGUGUACGUGUGGUGCUGUGCACAUCCCACAGAGGGAGUCUGCUGCCACAACACACCAUUCAGGUAGGAAACUUUAACUGAAGGGAAAUGGAAAAUGCAACUGGAAAGCAAAAAGGUCCUUUCCUUAAACAUUAAAAUCUUGUGAUGAUCAAGGGCUGUUCCAAACUCCUCUCUCUCCGAUUUGUCCAUUAGCUGUAGAACCUCUGUACCCCUGGGGACCUGGCUGGAAGUAAUAAAUGAAUUGUGACAACGUAAA